AGGCACUAAGGGGCGUGCACGACAACGAUGAUCUCGGACGGAUCUGGGAACAAGAAUGAUGUCAGUCGUCUACCUCGUGAGUCAUACGAUACGUGUGACCGAUUUUCAAUUUCCGGGUUGUGUGGAUAAUGCAAAAUACGAUCCAGUAUUUACCUUGAUUAUUCCCUUUCUCAAGCAAAACUUGUACAGUUAUUCAGUUAGAUCUCUGAGGAGAAAUCCCAUUAAGACCUCGUCGGAGAUGAACUCGCAAAUAAGCUUGGCAAUGGUCCUCAUUUUGUGCCUAAGCAACGCGGCUGGGAAAAAGAAUGUUACGUUAGGCAAUUCUUCUCAAUUGCUCAAACUGUUUGAUGGAAAAAGUGCAAGGGUUGCAGACAAAACCAGUGGAAGCAUGAGAAGACAGUUGAGAAGAAAGUUGCAAUCUACAUCAAACAGCGAUGUCGAUGAAGAAAUCACUGGAUCACCAUCUCAACCUGAAGGUAAAAGCGGUGGAAAAACUGAUGGAUCACCAUCUCAACCUAAAGGUGGAAGCAGUGAAAAAACUGAUGGAUCACCAUCUCAAGCUGAAGGUAGAAGCAGUGGAAAAUUUGAUGGAUCACCAUCUCAACCUGAAGGAGAAAGCAGUGAAAAAACGGAUGAAUCACCAUCUCAACCUACAGGUGGAAGCAGUGGAAAAACGGAUGGAUCACCAUCUCAACCUAAAGGUGGAAGCAGUGGAAAAACCAAAGGAUUACCAUCUCACCCUGAAGGUGGACGCGGUGGAAAAACUGAUGGAUCACCAUCUGAACCUAAAGGUGGAAGCAGUGAAAAAACAAAUGCAUCACAAUCUCAACCUGAAGGUGGAAGCAGUGGAAAAACCGAAGGAUUACCAUCUCACCCUGAAGGUGAAAGCAGUGGAAAAACUGAUGGAUCACAAUCUGAACCUAAAGGUGGAAGCAGUGAAAAAACAAAUGCAUCACAAUCUCAACCUAAAGGUGGAAGCAGUGGAAAAACCGAAGGAUUACCAUCUCACCCUGAAGGUGAAAGCAGUGGAAAAACGGAUGGAUCACCAUCUGAACCUAAAGGUGGAAGCAGUGAAAAAACAAAUGUAUCACAAUCUCAACCUGAAGGUGGAAGCAGUGGAAAAACGGAUGGAUCACCAUCUCCACCUGAAGGUGGAAGUAGUAAAAAAACGGAUGAAUCACCAUCUCAACCUGAAGCUGGAAGGAGUGAAAAAACUGAUUUAUUAUCAUCUCAACCUGAAGGUGGAAAACGUACAAAAACUGAUGGAUCACCAUCUCAAGCUGAAGGUGGAAGUAGUGAAAAAACGGAUGGAUCACCAUCUCAACCUAAAGGUGGAAGUAGUGAAAAAACGCAUGAAUCACCAUCUCAAGCUGAAGGUGGAAGCAGUGGAAAAACUGAUGUAGCACCAUCUCAACCUACAGGUGGAAGUAGUGGAAAAACGGAUGGAUCACCAUCUCAACCUAAAAGUGAAAGCAGUGGAAAAACCGAAGGAUUACCAUCUCACCCUGAAGGUGGAAGCGGUGGAAAAACUGAUGGAUCACCAUCUGAACCUAAAGGUGGAAGCAGUGAAAAAACAAAUGCAUCACAAUCUCAACCUGAAGGUGGAAGCAGUGGAAAAACGGAUGGAUCACCAUCUCCACCUGAAGGUGGAAGUAGUAAAAAAACGGAUGAAUCACCAUCUCAACCUGAAGCUGGAAGGAGUGAAAAAACUGAUUUAUUAUCAUCUCAACCUGAAGGUGGAAAACGUACAAAAACUGAUGGAUCACCAUCUCAAGCUGAAGGUGGAAGUAGUGAAAAAACGGAUGGAUCACCAUCUCAACCUAAAGGUGGAAGUAGUGAAAAAACGCAUGAAUCACCAUCUCAAGCUGAAGGUGGAAGCAGUGGAAAAACUGAUGUAGCACCAUCUCAACCUACAGGUGGAAGUAGUGGAAAAACGGAUGGAUCACCAUCUCAACCUAAAAGUGAAAGCAGUGGAAAAACCGAAGGAUUACCAUCUCACCCUGAAGGUGGAAGCGGUGGAAAAACUGAUGGAUCACCAUCUGAACCUAAUGGUGGAAGCAGUGAAAAAACGAAUGCAUCACCAUCUCAACCUGAAGGUGGAAGCAGCGGAAAAACGAAUGGAUCACCAUCGCAACCUGAAGGUGGAAGCAGUGGAAGAACGGAUGGAUUACCAUCUCACCCUGAAGGUGGAAGCAGCGGAAAAACGAAUGGAUCACCAUCGCAACCUGAAGGUGGAAGCAGUGGAAAAACGGAUGGAUCACCAUCUCAACCUGAAGGUGGAAGCAAUGAAAUAACGGGUGGAUUGCUAUCUCAACCUGAAGAUGGAACCAAUGUAAGGGAGCUAAUAUAAAUAUGUGCU